UUUUUCGGUUUAUCCACGCCCGAGUCCGGUCGUCGGUCGACUAAUUAGAAUAAUUGUUUUAAAAAAAAACCGGAUGCGGCGGAAGGGAGAAAACAAAAGGUCGCGCCGACGAUGGUAAAAGCGCCCGGGGUCACGUGAGCGAAACGAACCAAUGAGAGGUCGGCCGGCCGAGUUUUUCGCUCUCGGGCGAUACUCGGAGGAUAACGAUGGAGGAAGCGGAGUACGAAAAACGUCGCGCCAAACGUUCUCGAAAGCGACGGAAGAUCCUGUGUCUGCUUUUGAUCCUCUCGCUGCUGAUAAUCGCCAUCGUCUUAAUCCUGUACUUCGUGGUGGUUCCUCUCUUGUCCGAGGAGGAGCCGCUGCACUUCCGUCUCCCCUCCGAUCUGGUUCCCGAAUAUUACGUUCUCCACAUCCAUCCCCGGCUGACGGACGACAACUUCACCUUCGUCGGAAACGUCACCAUCAACGUCGUCUGCGCCUCGUCCACCACCAGAGUCAUCCUCCACGCCAAAGAUUUGGAUAUUUCGGAUACGAAAAUCACCGAGUCCGACUCUCGAGUUUCGAUCAAAAACACCAAGUUCGACGUGGACAACGAAUUUUUCAUCAUUAACACCAAACAACAAUUGAAAAAGGACCACAGGUACCAGAUCGAGAUGGUCUUUUCGGGCCACCUCCGAAACGACUCCAAAGGUUUCUAUUGGAAAAACUACACCUCCGACGGAGAGAGCAAACUUUUGGCGGCAACCAAUUUCGAACCCACUUACGCCAGAAGAGCGUUUCCGUGUUUCGACGAACCCGCCCUGAAAGCCAGCUUCGACGUCACCGUCCUCAGGCCCAAAAGAUACAACUCUCUGUCCAACAUGCGCAAGAAACGCACCGAGACCAGGGACGACCGAGUGGAAGCCGACGUGUACCACUCGACGGUCAAAAUAUCUACGUAUCUGGUGGCCUUCUUCGUGGGCGAGUUUUCCGGCACCGCCGUCGAAAAGACAGACGUAUCGAUAUGGGCCAAGUCGAAAAGUACGGCUAGUAAAAUUAAAGACGGUUUGGAAGAGGCGAUUAAACUGUACGACGACAUUUUGAAGAGAUUACAAUUUCCUCGGCCGGAAAACAAAAUAGAUAUUUUGGCCAUUCCCAACGACGACGACGACGACGACGAACCCGACCGGGAAGACGAACGGAAGAAAGCUACCGUAGGAUGGGGGCUGAUCACCGCGGACGAAGACGCUUUGAUUUUGGACAAGGACGACAGUUUGGACAGAAAACAAAUGGCCGUGUCUCGAAUAACGCGCGCUCUGGCUCAUCAGCUGUUCGGCAACGUGGUCACUCCGAAAUGGUGGAACGACGCCUGGCUGAGCGAGUCCCUCGCCACCUACUUAGAAACGUACGAAAUCGACGAAUCUUACGACGACUGGAAUUGGAUGGACAAAUCGACCAUGAGAUUGAACGAAUACGUAGAAGAAGACUGUUCGAAAGUGGAGCACGUCGUGUCCGACAACGUGACGAAACCUUGGAAAAUUUCGCAACAACUCGACAGUUUCGCCGUUUCAUUGAAGGGAUGGAGAAUUUUAAGGAUGCUCAACUACAUUAUGGGAGAUAAACACUUCUGGGAUGGUUUGUCCAAUUUUCUAAAGGAUAAAGCGUUCAAAAGCGUGGACCAGGACGAAUUUUGGGACUAUAUGACCAAGGCUCAGUCCAAGCAUUACGCCUUCGACUUGAAGACGCUUCUAAAGAACUGGAUGAUUAAUCCGGGACAUCCGUUGAUAACCGUCUCUCGACAAGAUUCGUCCACUACUUUUCGCUUGACGCAAGUUUCGUGCCGGAACGAUUCGUCCACCUUGUGGAAGAUUCCCAUAACUUACAUAGACCAGAAAAAAAGAAGUCACAAAGAAAAGAUCGAUACUUGGCUCCUGUCUUCCAACGGAACUGUCAACACUUCGGCCGACAAGCACAACUGGUUGCUGCUUAAUCCCGAACAGACGGCUUUCUAUCACGUCAACUACGAUAAAGAAAAUUGGGACUUGUUGGCUAGUCAACUCGUCGACGACUUUGAGGAGAUUCCCGCAGUAAAUCGCUAUCAAUUAUUGUUCGACUCGCUGUAUUUUGCCAGAAAGAAUUUGUCUUCCUACGAGAACUUCCUCAACAUAAUGACUUACUUGGAACAGGAAGAGGACGACAACGUGGUCGAGUUUUUAGCAUUGUCCAACCUUUCGGAAAUUGCUAAAAUGGUCAGAAGAAGAGCGGGAGACGACUGGAAGGAGUUUAUUGGAAAAAUUACUAAAAAAUUAUACGAAAGAAAAUUUAAAAGAGAGAAAUCUGGCGAAAAAAUGGAGUCCGAAACCAAAUUAACUUUGAAGAAAGAGAUUUUGAGCGGAAUUUGUUCCGUUAACGAAUCUUCUUGCGUAAAUUUAGCCAUAGAAAAGUAUGAAGAAUGGAUUAAGCGUGGGAAGGACAUUCAUAGGAACGACCGUCCCUUAGUGAAAUUGUUCCUGUGCACGGCGAUCAGAAACGAGAGUUUCAGGUGGGAAGAGGUGGAAAACUACUUUAAAAGCCUAAGAGGAAAAUUUCCCUCGGACGACGUGAUUUACGCUCUGGGAUGCGUAAACAACCAAUACAACCUCCAUCGCGUGUUGAACGCCGCUCUGUUCAAGAAGCCCAAGUAUCUGCCGUUCGUAAUCGAUAGCAUUCUGGACCAAAGCAAGUGGGAAGUCGUUUUCGACGUUAUAACAACCGAAAGAAGCAGAAUGCUAGAAAAUUCCGACAGAUUUAAAGCCUCUAUGGAAAUCUUAACGCAAAAGAUAUCAAAUUCCGACGAAUUGGCAAAGAUGAACCAAGUGUACGAAACUUUCAAAAAACAAGACAUGCCGAAGGACGAAAGAAUAUUUCUGGAAAGACUGAUUAAGAAGACGGAGAAGAGAAUAUCGAGCGAGGAUCUUCAGUUAGAUGAGAUAGUUCGUUGGUUGCGGAAUAAAAACUGGAAACGCGUGUAAAUGCAUAAUUUCGUAAACAGUUUAGUCUGUAAUUAUCGUAAAUUUAUUUGUAUAAAUUUGUCUGUUCGAUAAAUAGAAUAGCCGAUACGUUCCGAUUAUAACUUUAUUUUUAUAUUGGACGUCGGUCUCGAAACCGUUUAAGAUGUAAAUUAACAAUUCACUCUUCGCGUCUAUUUUGAAAAAAUUAACUUCCCAUCGGAGAGAAUAGAUUUUGUCGAAAAACUACGGGACGUCUUCCGCCCGUUUUCCUAAAAUAUAAAAUAAACAAUUUUGUAAAAUUACGUUCGAUCCGAGAAUCGUGUCUUCCCAAGCGAAUGUAUAGAAAAAAGAAUUAAAACCAAACGUUUGAAAGUGUAAAA